UAGCUGGCGUGGCUCUCAUUUUGAGCAGACUCCAAUCAAACGCGAGAGAGAGAGAGAGAGAGAGAGAGAGAGAGAGAUAGAGAAUGGCUGCCAUUGAUUAUGCUGAGAGCUUACUGCAAAAAGAUGACUACGUCGAGGGUUGCCCAGGCUGUGCGGUCGAUCGCCGCAAACAAUUGCAGAGAGGCAUGCCUCUCAAGCAAAUUCUCACCGUCUGGAUGAUCGUCCUCGCCACCGCUCUGACAAUAGCAUCUCUCUACCCGUUCCUCUAUUUCAUGAUAAGGGAUUUUCACGUUGCAGAUAGAGAAGAGGAUAUUGGUUAUUAUGCUGGUUUUGUAGGAUGCUCAUACAUGGUUGGAAGAGCUGUGAGUUCUACAUUGUGGGGAGUAAUUGCUGAUAGAUAUGGUCGGAAACCUGUCAUAAUUAUAGGCUGUGCCUCAGUGGUUGUUUUCAACACUCUGUUUGGCCUUAGUGUGAAUUAUUGGAUGGCCAUCAUCACGAGGUUUCUUCUUGGUAGUAUGAAUGGCUUACUUGGACCAAUAAAGGCAUAUGCAUGUGAAACGGUUCGUGAUGAAUACCAGUCGUAUGGAUUGUCAGCGGUUAGCACAGCAUGGGGUACCGGAUUAGUCAUUGGACCAGCGUUGGGAGGCUUUCUUGCUCAGCCUGUAGACAAAUUCCCUGGAAUAUUUACGUCAGAUUCUUUUUGGGCGAGAUUCCCAUAUUUCCUGCCCUGUCUGAUAACCUCAAUAUUUGCGGCAGUUGUAACUAUCGCUUGUUUCUGGAUCCCGGAAACACUACACACACACAUUUUAGUGAGUACAUCUUCUGGAGGUUCUUAUGAUGCUUUGGAGGCUGCAACUGAACAGUCUGACAUUAAAGAGAUGGAGGAAAAUAAGGCUUCUAAGAAAAGCCUCUUUAAGAACUGGCCACUUAUGUCAUCCAUUAUAGUUUAUUGCACUUUCUCACUCCAUGAUAUGGCUUACUCCGAGAUAUUCUCAUUAUGGGCCGAGAGCCCCCGAAGACUCGGAGGGCUUGGUUACUCAACUGAGGAUGUUGGAUCAGUUCUUUCAGUCUCAGGUUUAGGCCUUCUGAUCUUCCAAUCUUCCUUGUAUCCGAUUCUGGAGAAACUCUUGGGUCCUAUCAUGAUUUCUCGAGUUCUAGGAAUUGUUUCAAUUCCUCUCUUAACAAGUUAUCAUUACAUAGCCAUGCUUUCAGGGAUCACACUAUCCAUAGUGUUGAAUAUUGCAUCUCUGUUGAAGAAUGUCCUAUCAAUCUCCAUUGUGACUGGGCUCUUUAUAUUACAAAAUAGAGCUGUGGACCAAGACCAAAGAGGUGCAGCAAAUGGUCUGGCCAUGACCUUUGUGUCAACUUUCAAAGCUGUUGGUCCUUUAGGAGGAGGAGCACUGUUUUCUUGGGCAGAAACACGCCUAGGUGCCGAUUUCCUUCCAGGAGAUCAAAUGGUUUUCUUCAUCCUCAACAUUAUUGAGGCAAUUGCAGUUUUGAUGACAUUCAAACCAUUCUUGGUUGAACGACGAAAUAGUUGAUUCAACGCUUCAUUGUAAUUCUUUGUAAGCCAUUAAUCUUCGCAACCAAAGCAUAUCAUGUUGUUGUAACCAAAACUCUGAUUUUUUUGUAAUAGAAAUAUCAUGGAUAGUCUAUGUAUCUAUGUAAAAUUUGUACGUAUAAUUCAUAUUUUGUGUUGCGAAUAUUGAUUUA